GAGAUUAUGAGCAGUUUGCUCACGUGUUGCCUGCCUGUUUCAGUAUUAGCCUUCGGAGUUCACAAAUACAACCAGAAAAACAUUGUUUUCUUUCAAAUUAAAGAAGGAACGGGCAUUGAAGUUGUGGGAUAUUGUACUUAAGCUCUUUAUGUUAGCUUAGGGGUCUUUAGGUAGAAGUUGGAAGCACAUUAUUAGUCGUUUUCAGGCGUCUUCAUCACUGUUUGGUUACGCUCACAUUCAGCUCACCGCUCAAAAGCUCCGUUCACUGGUCCAAAUGUCGUCUGAACCUGAAGAACCAGUCAACACAGCAAAAACUGAGGUAAAGGGUAUAUUUUUCAAGGAAAAGUUCACAUAAUUAUAGUCUCCUUUCCAUUUGCCAGUGUUUCAUGGUGUCUCAAUAUGAGUUUAACACGGUGUUCUGCUGCCCUCUGGUGGUCAGAGUGCAGAAGACAGUUGGAGACUGAGCUAUGUAACCGGGGACCUGUUCUCCUGCCCUGAGGACGAGGCUCUGGCUCACUGCAUCAGUGAGGACUGCCGCAUGGGGGCAGGCAUAGCAGUGAUGUUCAAGCAGAAGUUCAGAGGGGUUGCAGAGUUAAAGGCACAGAGUGAGUCAGACUUUUAUUAAAAAUUCAUAAGAUGUGAAAAUGUCUAAUUUUAGGAGGGGUAUUGAUUCCCAGGCGACCAUUUCGCUCUGUACUGGUUCAGUUUUCUGCUGAAGUCUAUUUAAAUGUAGCUUUACAAUUGAAGAGACACUUAAAAUCUACACAAACAAAUCAGAAUCAGACUCCUUUAUGGCUUCACUAACAUUACAUUGAAAAUAAUUUUGAUGUUUGUCGCUAAAUUUAUUCCAAAUCUACUCUACAGCCACAUAAACAUAAUUGUACUUGAUCAAAAUUGGAAUAAACACUGUCCAGCAGUAACAUUAUAAACACCUGCAUCAUAAUACAAUCCAACACAAUGGUUCUGCCACAAACUUGAUUUUCAAUUUUCACGGGUGGCAGCAGGCACAGGCAUUUAAAACACUGCCAUACAUCAUAAAGGAAAAUAAAAUACAUGUACAUAGAAAACAGUUCAGGAGGUAAAAAGCAUUAAAGAUGAUUUAGAAGGUAAAAAAAAGAGCAUAUGUCAGUCAUACCAGUAUUUUUGCAUGAGCAGAGUGCAUAAAAAAGUGCAAUUUGCAGUUUGCUUACCAAUAAAAGAACCCCUAGAUGAAGCUUGAUCUAGAAUAAUAAUAAUAAUUCUUGUUGCUCUAAUGAUUCAGGUGAUUAUUUUACUUCAUAUGUGUUAUUAAAAAUAAAAUUAAUGUGCUAGUGAUAGGGUCAAUAGAUGCAUUUUUAUUUAAAAACAUCUUAUUAGGUGAUUGUAUUCUAACUUUUUGUAUUCUCUACCCUAACAGAUAAAGUUACGGGUCAGUGUGCAGUGCUGGAACGAGGCAGGCGUUUUGUCUACUACCUGGUAAAGAUUUGUCCGUUUAUUUAGAGGAUACCUAUGUAUGUUUUUUUAUUGAUCUUUUGGUCAGACACAUACAGAGAAAAACAUAUACCCUUAUAAGUUAAAAAACACUGAAAUAUAUUGUGUCUGUUUUCUCAUUUUUCAUAGUCUGUCACAUCUUUUUUUCUUUUACUUUAACUUUACAAACAAGAUACAAAAAAUAAAAUAAAUUUAAAAAAUAUAUAAAAUAAAAAAUAUAUAUAUAAAAAAAAUAUAUAUACCCUCUAGGAAGUCUACAUAGUAUACGCGUAUACAGUGGAAUACAGUAUCCUGCAUUAAAAACAUACAAAAGAGAAAUACUAUGCAGAGGUAGGAUACCUAUGUGUGUGUGUUUUUUUUAAAGGUUUUACAUAUAUUAUUGCUGUGACAUUAAUUCAAUAAUCCACAGAUCACAAAGAAGAGGGCAACUGGAAAACCCACCUAUAACAGCCUGAAACAGAGUCUGGAGGACAUGAAGUCUCACUGUGAACUCAACAACGUAACAAGAAUAUCAAUGCCUCGGUGUGUGCAUCUUUACUUCAACUAGAGCCAGCACAUACUGUGACAUUAAAAAAGUGUUACUAUAUCAGUUAAAGAGCUUGUUCUUCUCCCUCUGUCUGACAGUAUCGGUUGCGGCCUGGAUAGACUGGCGUGGGAAAGAGUGUCGGAGAUGUUGGAGCAGAUCUUCAAACACACGGACAUCUGCAUCACAGUCUACAGCCUUCCUCAGAGAACAGAGACCAAAGUGAUGAGGGAGAACAUGCGCAGAUAACUGAUACAAAGUUCGUUGACUGUCAUGAGUAGUUUAUGCACUUUUCUGGUGUGGAUGAAACUUUUUCACAUGUUAUGUUUUAUAUUGUUUAAAAUAAAUGCUCCCUUUUGGCACUUCA